AUGCAUUCAAGAGACUGGUUUUUAGCAGUCAUUGGGUUUUUCCUGCCCCCUUUAGCUGUUUUUAUUAAGAGAGGUUUUCUUUCGGGAGAUUUUUGGAUAAAUGUAGCACUCUGUAUUCUGGGAUAUCUUCCAGGUCUACUUCAUUCAUGGUACAUCAUCUCGUGCUACCCAUACGAAAGCAAAUCUUCUUACAGAGGGGUGACUAUUCCUGGACGAGAGAGCCAAUCAUACGGAGCUAUUCAGUAG